CCCACGUCGGAGCCGCUUCGUCCUUUUUGCCUGCAUUUUCCUUUUUUUGUUGCAAUUGUUGCCGUUCAUUGUUUCUGUUGCUUUGCAGUUCAGCGUUGGCAUCAUGUUCCUGCUACGACGUGCCUCAGGGCGCGCAAUACAAAAGUUUCCCGCUGUCCAGCACCGGCCUCUUCAACAGCGCCGUGCUCUCGGCAGUGUGAGCGCAAUCGAUUCCGCAAUUUUCAGAACCCUUUUCGGCACCGACGAGAUCCGCAGCGUCUUCGAUGACAAGGCUUACCUGAGCCGAUGCGUGGAUGCCGAGACAGCACUUGCCCGAGCCCAAUCGCGAUGCAAUGUCAUUCCGUCGCACAUCGGGGAAAUAGUGACCUCCAGGUCACAGGGGGCUGAACUGGACUUUGACAGGCUGCGCCGCGAAACUGAGAUUGUCGGAUACCCAAUUCUUCCCUUGGUACGGCAGUUGUCAGCGCUGUGUGGGGACGAAGCCGGUCGCUAUGUGCAUUGGGGCGCUACGACACAAGACAUUAUGGAUCUGGCGAGUAUGCUGCAGAUGAAGGAAGGCCUGGAGAUCGUCGAGAAGACGCUCCGAUCAGUCAUCACCAACCUCGACUACCUUUCGAGGAAGUACCGAGACACGCCAAUGGCCGGCCGCACGCACUUGCAGCACGCAUUACCCAUCACCUUCGGCCACAAGUGCGCCAUAUGGCUCUCCGGAAUGCAGCGCCACCUUGAGCGCCUCGAGCAGCUCAAGGAGCGCGCGUUGAUGGUUCAGUUUGGCGGUGCGGCGGGGUCCUUGGCUUCUUUGGGCUCCGGCGACGACGGCAUCAGGGUGCGGAAGGAGAUGGCAAAGGAUCUCGGGUUGGCCGAUCCUCCGAUUACAUGGCACGUUGCUCGAGACGGCGUCGCUGAGAUCACCAAUUACCUUGCGCUCGUUGGAGGAAGUCUCGGCAAAAUCGCGCUCGACAUCAUCAUCAUGUCAUCCAACGAGCUAUCCGAAGUAUCGGAGCCGUUCGUCCCACACCGCGGGGCGUCCUCCACAAUGCCGCAGAAGCGGAACCCCAUCUCGAGCGAAGUUAUUCUAGCUGCGUCGAAGAUCCUGCGAUCAAAUGCGGGAUUGGUCCUCGACGGAAUGGUGUCGGACUUCGAACGCGCCUCUGGACCGUGGCAUUUGGAAUGGGUCGCAGUCCCAGAGAGCUUUGUUAUUGCGGUUGGUGCGCUGAACCAGGCCGACUUUGCGCUUUCCGGGCUCGUCGUGAACCCGAAGAACAUGCUCGACAACCUCUACUCCACGCGGGGUCUGAUCGUGGGCGAAGCCGUCAUGAUGGGGCUGGCUCCACAUGUGGGACGGCAAAAAGCUCACGACAUCGUGUAUGAAGCGUGCAAAGAGAGCAUUGAAACGGACACCAGUCUGCUUGAAGCUCUUCAGAAGCGCCCAGAGAUUACUGGCAAGAUUUCCAACGAGGAGCUCAGCUCGUUGUGCGACGCCAAGAACUACCUGGGUUCUUGCGGGCUGAUGGUCGACGAGGUUCUCGCCCGAAAUCUGUAGUCAGCCCUCCUAUCGGGCUCACGAGAGCACCUUGUCUUGUUGUUAUUACAUUUAUAUAGAGACCCAAGCGAGUCUGGAUCCUCUACGUACGGCUCAGAACGGUCAGCGUUCGCGCCAGCAUUGCCAGGAUAGAUAAAGGCGCAAUCGC